AUGUCUACAGCGCAACGGGAAGAUGAUGAGGAAUGGGAACUAAUAAACGACGAUGGCUUUGUAUACAAGCGGAAGAAGCGGUCACGCCUCGACCCCGCAUCCUCCGCCGCACCUCCGCCAGAUCCGGCGGUGGAAGAGAAGAACCGUCGCCGGAGGAAGAAAAGGGCUCUCCUCAAACUCAGAGACAAGUACUUGAAAGAAAUCCGCCAGUGGGAACUUUUGUCGAACACCUUGAAGGAAAUGCAAGAAAACGCUAAUGAACAAAUGCAAAAGCGUCGAGAAGUGGAUUCCACGAGUUGUUUCGACGGAGCCAGUAGUUCAAAUUUACCGACGGCACAGUCCACCUCGGGUUCUACCCACCGGCGACUCAUUGACGAGCUCUUCUCUCAGGCUGAAGCACAAGAGGCGAUAAUUCGAGACGUCUCGAAUCUGUGCGAUGUAGCAGAAGCAUUGUGCAGUGCCCAAGAAGAGAGAUUGAAGCAGCAAUUCACUGACCUUCCGAUUUGGGAAUCGUCGCCACGCGAGCUCAUGGAAGCAUUAACUAAACAGUAA